AGACGGUCUCCUGACCAGUUCACAUAGCGCUGCCGAGCGGUAAGGACGUGCCGUGACAAUUGAAAUAACAUUUUCAUAGUGCAGUGGUCAAGCGAGUGGUUUGGGAAUUUGUUGAAUAGUGACAUCAUGGACGGCUGAUAGUAGUUUUAAAGUGAUUGUUUCAUUUUAGUGCUCGUAUAAAUAAGUGUUUAAAAUACAUAAUGCAGUUUAUAACUUACGUCCUGUUCACCGCUGUCAUCGCAGCGUCAUCUCAGGCUGCUCGCGACGCUUCCUGUCCUCGGAUAUGCGGCCCGGCGCUUCAAGGCGAGCCGGUGUGUGCUACGGAUGGAGUUAUAUACCCAUCACUGUGUGAGAUGCGGAAGAAGACUUGUGGGAAAGGUGUAAAGCUGGCCCCAGAUCAAAGCGUAUGCUCCCGUGCUCAAGGCAGCAAGUGCGAGAAUCGUUGCACAACAGAACGAGACCCUGUCUGUGGUACCAAUGGACGGACCUAUUUGAACAGAUGCAUGCUGCAAGUUGAGAUUUGCAGAAAAGGCAUCGGUCUUUCACAUUUGGGGGCGUGUAACAAUAUCAGCGCUCAUCGCGAAAACUGUCCAGUUGAUUGCUCUCAAGCUCCUUUGGAUGGACCCGUCUGUGGUUCUGAUGGUAACGUCUAUAAAAGCACCUGUCAGAUGAAGCUUUUAACAUGCGGACAAGGUGUAGUUAAAACGAGCAAGAAGCAUUGUCAGACGACCCGUCACUGCAGAGAGUCUUGUUGGCGUUCCUCACGACCUACAUGCGGUUCUGAUGGAAAACUUUACGCUAACGCUUGUAGGAUGAAGGCUACAAACUGUGGUAAGCAUGUAUUCGAAGUGCCGAUGUCUUUCUGCGUGUCACAAGAGAGGACUUCCGGUGCGGACGCUUGUCCCACAGACUGCUCCGGACAACCGGAAAAGUUGGUAUGCGGCGCCGACGAGAACGUAUACAGGAACGAGUGUGAAAUGAAGAUGCUUAACUGCGGCAUCAGCAACAGAAAAGUAAUUAAGAAGGUGGAUAUGGAGAAAUGCAAAUCUAAAAUGAGCAAAUGUAUGAAAGUAAAAUGUCCUUCCGAAGAAGACCCGGUCUGUGGGACCGAUGCAACUGUUUAUAAAAAUCCUUGCGCUUUGAAAGUUGCUACCUGUCUUAAAGGGGUACAACUAGCGCACUUCGGCAACUGUACUGUUCUGCCGCGAAUGGAGACCGAUUGCCCUGACAACUGCGAUAAUGCACUCGAGCAACCCGUCUGUGGUUCCGAUGGAAAUGUUUACAAAUCAGAGUGUGAGCUUCGUAAGCUUACCUGCGGACAACACGUGGUUUCGGUCUCAGAGUCCCAUUGCCGUACCACUGCGCUAUGCCACGAGCGCUGCCCUGACACGCCUGCCUUUGUUUGCGGUUCGGACAACCGCUUCUAUAAGAAUGAAUGCAUUAUGAAAAAAGAAAAUUGCGGGAAACACAUGUAUGUAGUACCGUUGAAGCGUUGCCUAUCUCGCUUCCAAUACUCUGGCUGUGCUCGUGUCUGUCCUCCCGAAUAUGAUCCGGUCUGUGGGACCGACGAUAAGACUUACUCAAAUAAUUGCUUCCUCGAAAUGGAAAACUGUAGAUCAAGACGUCUUGUUCAGUUUAAACAUCUGGGAACUUGCACUGAACCCAUCGCAGAGGAACCUAAAAAUUAUCUCUACCGAUAAAUAACAACGCUAGUUUAUAUUUAGUUAAAGUUAUAUCAGCUUUUUAAAACAUAUCGAUGCAUUUAAGACGUGUGUCCACUUUAAAUUAGUGCCAACGUUAAACAUAAGCUAAAUUUAUUAGAGACCAAUUACUCGUCUUCCAUUUUGGAUUCAUUUUAAGUACAAAAAAUAUAUGGCGCCUGUCAACAUUAUGCGGCAGUGCAUUGAUUGAGAUCGAAAGUAGUUUAAUAUAUUAUUAUGUUAGUUGUGUUUAAUAUUUUCUCGUAAAUAGACGACAAUAAACUUUUGUCAUGACGUAUUUAACUAUGACAACCUUGCAUUGAUCGCCUGAUGACAGAAACAUAAUUUUAUUUUUAGCAUUAUAUAUAAAUAAGAUUAUUUCUAAGUUAUGACUGUUUAUUUAUUUGUCUAUUUAUUCUUAAUAGAUAAUUUAUGUGUAAAUAAAAAUAAUGAUUUACAUUUCGCCGUUUUGUUAUAAAAACAUAAAUGGUGUACGUAUAGCUCAAAAGGAAAUUGCAUUUAAAUUUAUUUUAUUUAUUAGUAGAUUUAUUCGAUAAUAAAAUAAUGCUACUUAUUUAUUAUUCUAUUCAUAAAAUAUUUUUACUCGAAUACUUUAAUGGUCUAAAUGUUAAUGUAAGGAUGUACCUAAACUAUUGUAUUGGAAUUAAUUCUUAUCUAUUUAUACAUAAGUAUCCAGUGAUUUUUAGUAUUUUCUUAAUCACAGACUUGGUGUCAUUAAAAUAUUACUCAAUGUAUACGCUAAAUGAACGAACGAUUAAUAAAAGAAAUCAAUAAU